AUGGCGGAUCCUCCUGCUCUCCUCCCUGGCCUCCCCGAUGAGAUCUCCAUCUGGGAGAUCCUCCUCCGCCUGCCCCCCAAAUCCCUCCUCCGCUGCCGCGCCGUCUGCCGCGCCUGGCGAGGCGCCACCUCCACCCGCGACUUCCUUCUCGCCCACCACGCCCGCCAACCCACCCUCCCCAUCCUCCGCGGCUACAACAACGUCAACGGCCUGUCCCUAGAUGUCACCCUCUUCGACCACCGGGCGGGGGUCGCUGCCGCCGACCGGCUCCAGUCCGUCGCGCGGCUUGGAGUUGGGCACGCCAACUUCACUCUGGAGAGCUGCUGCGACGGCCUCCUCGCCCUCUCCAUCGACGACGACUCCUUGUGCAUCUGCAACCCAGCAACUCGUCAGUAUGCUCCCCUCCCGCUGCUUUCUCAAUUCCAUCUCAUGGGGAUGUACCAGCACACCCCUACCGGCCACUACCGACUAUUGCUGGCACCUAAGGAGGCUAAAGCUCAGGAUGGCGCCUACAUCUACACCUUAGGCUCCAGCCAGCCGCCGAGGCUCAUAGACAUACAGUGCUCCCAUGUGGACCAAGUGAUAUGGGCCUACGGAAUUGUCAUGUUCCAUGGUAGUAUCCAUUGGUGCAUAGACAACAUGAUAAUUGUAUUUGACACAACCGCCGAGUCGUUCCGGCAGAUGCGCAUUCCGGUUGAUCCUGACGGCGCUGACCUGUUUGAGAUGGAUGGAAUGCUCAGCAUGUCCAUCUUUAAUGAUGCAAAAACAUCCAUUGAUAUCUGGAUGGCACGGGACUAUGAAAGUGAGAUCUGGACCUUGAAAUACCGGGUUGAAUUGCCGCUUGCAGAGCUUACCAAUCAGUUUGGAAAAUUCGACGAACUUUGGUGGCUGGUGAUCAUAUCUGAUGAAGGUGAUGUGCUUGUGCUGGUCAAAUUUGAUGAGUCGGUACUUCAGAUUGACAUGGAUGGCAAGUUGGUUGCUAGUAUACAUUGCGGAGACCUCGAUGAUGAAAUGGGGGCAGAUUAUAUUAUCCUUGUUGACUAG